AUGUUUGGGGAAUUAAUGAGUGAAAAUAAUAAAAAAUUUAAUGAAUUAAAGAAAAUUAUUUGUAAAAAAGAGGAAAAAGUUGUUAGUUUGGGAAAUAAUUUUGAACAGUAUUUUAAUGUAAUUCCAAAUAAAUGGAAAGAUUUCUACUAUGGUUAUUAUGAUUGUUAUAAAUGUUGUGAAAAUAAAUGUAUAAAUGCAGACAAUCCUAAAGGUGUUUGUGUAAAAGGAAAUGGAUUUGUUAAUUUGGUUGAUGAAGAAAAUAUUAAUUAUAUUAAUUGUAAGGAGGGGAAAGGAAAUUUUGUUUUUAAUAACGCAGCUAAUAUUUCUGCUGAAAAUUCAUUUAAUAAACCAAAAGAAUAUUUAAAUAAUUAUUCUUUAUUUUAUUUUGAAAUUAAAUGUAAAAUUGAAGAAGAGGCAGUAAAUAAUGCCAAAAACUGGGUUUUUAUGGGUCUUUUCAACAAUGAAAAUUAUUUUGUUGAAUUAUUUUUAAAUGAAGCUAGUAUAUUCUACAAAACUGAAAAUAAAGAAGUAAAGAUAAAAUUUCCACCAUUUUCUUGGAGAAAUGGAGAUGUUUUUGGUUGUGGAUUGGUAUAUCCACCAACUGAUAAAAUAAAUGAAUUUCCUUUUAUUUUCUUCACUCAAAAUGGAAAAUUAAUUGAUAAAAUUAUAUUAAAAAACUUUGAAUGUGAUUUUUAUAAGCCUUAUGUUGCUUUGAAAUGUUGUUCAGUAGAAACUAAUUUUGGAAAUAAUUUGAAAGAAAAACCUUUUUUAUAUAAAAUUAAAAAUAAUUUUAAUCUAUUUUCUGUUAAUUUUGAUGGAAAAGGUGAAAGUUUGGAGUUCGAUGGAGAAUUAACAAAAGAAGAAACUGAAAAAGUAAAUGGAUCAGAUGGAAAUGUUUCCAAUUAA